UAGACAAAAGCAUGCGCGUUCAUAAGCGCAUGUUCCAAUAACUGAAUUGUUUUGGGUUAUGUUCAGAUUUCAGAAGUUUCCUUACUAACUUUAUUCUCGUUAGCUAGAGAACUGUUAAUCUAUAAACCUAAUAAAUAACCUAUUAACUAAUCUUAUGGCAUCCUUUGAAGAUAUCGAUAGUGGAAUGGAAUCGCAAGAAACUUCUCAGUCUGGGCCAAGGGACUUUUCUCCUGACAAAAAACUUGAAAUAGAGUCUGACUACGAGGAUGAGCCCGAUGAAACUCUUGGAGAACGUUUGUGGGGAUUGACAGAAAUGUUCCCUGAAUCAGUCCGUUCUGCAACACAAACAAUGUCUGAAGUUUCACAGACUGGAGUGAAAAAUUUGUAUAGUUUUUCAAGAUCUGCUAUGUGGAUAGUAUUCAGCACUUCUAUAAUACUAUUUGCUCCAGUCAUUUUUGAAGUGGAAAGGGCUCACAUGGAAGAAAUGCAAAGGAGUCAACAGAAACAAAUGUUAUUAGGGCCCAACACAGCUGUAGCUGGUGGAAUUACACCAAUGAUGCCAUCAAUGCCACGAUAGAGAGAGACUGCCACCAUUUUGUACUAAAGAUACAAAUCUUUGAUUGUAAAUUUGUUGUUAUUGUGUUUAUUGCAGUCAUGCGUCACAUGUACAUUGUUAAAUUUACAUUUACUAUUGUAAAGUUUAAGUAGAAUAAAUAGAAGGAAAAACUGA